UUUUUUUUUUCCCUCUCUUCUCUAUUUAUAAAAUAAAACUAAAAAAAAAAAAAAAACGCGAUAUUCUUUCUCUUCUUUUUUCGCGAAUAUGCUGAGGUUUUUCGGCAGAGGCUCCACCGUGGACUCGCCGGAGCGAGAUUCUUCGUCAGCGUCAGCGUCAGCGUCAGCGUCAGCGUCGCCUCCAAGGCGGUCAUCUAUGAAUGUUGUUGCAACGGGACCGGCGAGGCCGAUACGUUUCGUGUAUUGCGAUGAGAAAGGGAAGUUCCAGAUAGAUCCUGAAGCCCUAGCGGUACUUCAACUUGUUAAAGAGCCAGUUGGCGUUGUCUCCGUUUGUGGUCGUGCUCGUCAAGGCAAGAGCUUUAUAUUAAACCAGCUUCUUGGGAGGAGCAGUGGUUUUCAAGUAGCACCAACUCAUCGCCCAUGUACCAAAGGCAUUUGGUUGUGGAGUGCACCUUUACGAAGAACAGCUCUUGAUGGAACAGAAUACAGCCUUCUACUGCUGGACACUGAAGGAAUAGAUGCUUAUGAUCAAACGGGAACAUACAGCACACAGAUAUUCUCCUUGGCAGUCCUUCUCUCGAGUAUGUUCGUUUAUAACCAGAUGGGUGGUAUUGAUGAAGCUGCACUUGAUCGCCUCUCUCUUGUCACUGAAAUGACUAAGCAUAUACGUGUUAGAGCCUCUGGAGGAAGGACCAGUGCCUCUGAGCUGGGACAGUUCUCCCCAAUCUUCGUUUGGUUGCUUAGGGAUUUUUAUUUAGACUUGGCUGAGGAUAAUCACAAGAUAACACCACGGGACUACCUAGAGCUGGCUUUGCGGCCAGUUCAAGGUGGUAGGAGAGAUGUAGCCGCUAAAAAUGAGAUUAGGGAGUCCAUUCGUGCUCUUUUCCCUGACAGAGAAUGCUUCACCCUUGUGCGGCCACUGAGCAAUGAAACUGAGCUCCAACGGCUUGACCAAAUACCUAUAGAAAAACUAAGGCCGGAGUUUAAAGCUGGUCUUGAUGCUUUGACAAGAUUUGUUUUUGAGAGGACUAAACCCAAGCAGUUUGGAGCUACUGUAAUGACAGGGCCGAUAUUUGCCCGUAUAACUCAGUCCUUCGUUGAUGCUCUUAACAAUGGGGCAGUGCCCACAAUUACAUCUUCAUGGCAGAGUGUUGAGGAAGCUGAAUGUCAAAGAGCAUAUGAUUUGGCUGCUGAAACGUACAUGUCUUCUUUUGAUCGUUCUAAGCCUCCGGAGGAAGCAGCACUAAGAGAAGCACAUGAAGAUGCUGUCCAUAAGUCCAUGGCUGCAUUUAAUGCUACAGCUGUAGGGACUGGAUCCAUCAGAACCAAAUAUGAGAAACGUAUCCAGAAUUUCAUAAAGAAAGCAUUUGAGGACAUUAGAAAGGAUGCUUUUAGGGAGUCCUCUCUACAAUGUUCAAAUGCGAUACAGGACAUGGAAAAUAGACUGAGAAAAGCUUGUCAUGCUCCUGAUGCAAAAGUAGAUACCGUGCUCAAAGUUCUUGAUGAUUCUGUGUCCAAAUAUGAAGCAAUGUGUCAAGGUCCUGAAAAAUGGAGAAAGCUACUAGUCUUCUUGCAACAAAGUUUGGAGGGGCCACUUUGUGAUCUCAUCAAUAAACAAAUAGACCAAAUUGGGUCAGAGAAAGCUGCACUUGCAUUGAAGUGUCGUUCCAUUGAGGAUAAGAUGAGUUUCCUUAACAAACAACUAGAAGCUAGUGAGAAGUUUAAAUCUGAAUAUUUGAAGCGCUAUGAAGAUGCCACCAGUGACAAGAAGAAGCUUGCAGAAGAUUAUGCAAGCCGUAUUGCAAAUUUGCAGAGUAAACAUAGUACGUUAGAAGAAAGAUAUACCAGCUUAUCUAAAACAUUAGAUUCUACUAGAAUCGAGUCCAUGGAAUGGAAAAGGAAAUACGAGCAGGUACUUACGAAGCAGAAGGCUGGGGAGGAACAGUCAAAUGCAGAGAUAAGUAUUCUGAAGGCAAGAACUAGUGCUGCAGAAGCCAGGGUUAAUGCUGUCAAAGAGCAAGCUGAAUCUGCUCAAGAGGAGGCAGAGGAGUGGAAACGUAAAUACGACAUUGCUGUCAAGGAAGCAAAGAAUGCUCUUGAGAAGGCAGCAGCUGUCCAAGAGCGCAGUAACAAGCAAACACAAUUGAGAGAAGAUGCUUUAAGGGAUGAAUUUUCGAGUACUUUGGCUAAUAAGGAAGAGGAGAUUAAGGAGAAGGGAGCAAAACUUGAGCAGGCUGAGCAGCGUUUGUCAACAUUAAAUUUGGAGUUGAAGGUUGCUGAGUCAAAGAUAAAGAACUAUGAUCUGGAAGUCUCAUCCUUAAAGCUUGAAAUUAAAAAAUUAGUUGAAAGGUUAGAGAGCAUAAAUGCUACUGCACAAUCAUUUGAAAGAGAAGUUAGGAUUCUGGAACAGGAGAAAGUCCAUCUGGAGCAGAAGUAUCGGUCUGAGUUCAGUAGAUUUGAAGAUGUCCAGGAUAGAUGUAAAUCAGCUGAAAGAGAGGCGAAAAGAGCAACUGAGCUGGCUGAUAGAGCAAGGGUUGAAGCAGCUACUGCCCAGAAAGAAAAGAUUGAAAUCCAUCGAGUAGCUAUGGAAAGAUUGGCUCAGAUUGAGAGGAACGAGAGAAACAUACAAAACUUGGAGAGGCAAAGAGAUGACCUGGUUGAUGAAGUGGAGAGGUGUCGUGCAUCUCAGUUCGAUGCGCAGUCAAAAGUUACAAUACUUGAGGCCAGAGUCGAAGAAAGGGAAAAGGAAAUUGAAUCACUUCUGAAAUCAAAUAAUGAACAGCGAGCCAGUACUGUGCAAGUCCUUGAGAGUCUGUUGGAGACUGAGCGUGCUGCACGUGCUGAGGCAACCAAUAGGGCGGAAGCACUAUCUGUUCAGUUGCAAACUACACAAGGAAAGCUGGAUCUUCUUCAGCAACGGUUAACCACAGUUCGGCUGAAUGAAACAGCAUUAGAUAGCAAACUAAGAACUGUUUCCCAUGGAAAACGUGCCAGGGUAGAAGAAUAUGAAGCCGGUGUCGAAUUUGUUGAUAUGGGCACAAAUGAUAGAGUGACCAAGGGAAAUAAGAGGUCAAAGAGUACGGCCAGUCCCAUGACAUUCACCUGCCCAGAAGAUGGGGGCUCCGAGUUUAGGGAAGAUGAUGGUACUAGUAGUCAACAAACAAAUACCGAGGAUUAUACCAAAUACACGGUGCAGAAACUGAAGCAAGAGCUCACGAAGCAUAAUUUUGGUGCUGAACUGCUCCAAUUGAAGAAUCCGAACAAGAAGGACAUUCUAGCUUUAUAUGAAAAAUGUGUUCUCCAGAAAUCGUAGCUUCCACUCCUCUUUGUAAAAAGGUUUCAAGUAACUCACCAAUAUGACCAGGUGACUUCUCUGACAUCUUAGGAGAUUUAUGGAGAUCUUUGGCCACAUUACCUGUUGACAGAAACUUUUAUAACUGCUGCUGCUGCUAACUUAACCAUUGGUGUAACUUAGACUGUUUUCCUAUCUGGGGUGUAUCUUCUACUGGUUUAUAGACAUUUUGUUGUUUGUUUGCCGUUGGUUGUUUCAGGAAGAUUGUUUAAUGAGCUGCUGCGCCUCAGAGUUGAAAUUGGUGUGUUGAGAGACAUCUAGUACACGCAGUCACCCCCCCGUUUUGGGGCUGGCUCUAGCUUUUAAGUUUGUUUUAUUCAUUUCUUCUUUCUGUGUUAGAUGUUAAUGGUUGGUAGGAUCACGUUAUGUAAAUGCCAGUUCCCAGGACAAGCAUAUUGUGUAAGAAUUCCUGCUGAGGUUUUUUUGUUUUUUGUUUUUUUCGUUUUGGCUGUCGUUUUUAACUUUGUUUCCUGUAAGCUAUUGUUGAUUUUGUCCUUGUCUGACCUUAAGAAUUCUGGCUUUCAUUA